AGCAGUUAUCCAAUAUUAAAUUGUUUGUUAUAUAGAUGACAAGCAUGAUCAUGAAUUCCUCCAUUAUUUUCACUCUUUGUUAUCUUUGGUUGCUAACGUUACGUUUUGGUGUUUGCAGAGAGAUUGUGUGCAUCCCAAGGGAGCGAGAAGCACUUUUGAAGUUAAAGCAUAAUCUGCAACAAGAGGCUUAUGAAAAGGCUUACGAAGCUUAUAUGAGAUCUAUGUUCGGUGGGGAGAUAAAUCCUUGUUUGGUUGAUUUGAAGCAUUUGAAUUACUUGGACUUGAGCGGCAAUGAAUUACUUGGAGCAGGAAUCCCAAUUCCCGGUUUUCUUUGGACAAUGACUUCCUUAACUCGCCUCGACCUCUCCUAUGUUGGAUUCAAUGGGAAGAUUCCCCCACAAAUCAAAAAUCUAUCCAAUUUGGUGUAUCUUGACCUUACCUAUGUUGCCAUUGGACCAAUUCCAUCUCAGAUCGGGAAUCUCUCCAAUUUGCUCUACCUUCAUCUCACAAGUAGAUCUAAUAAAGGAGAUUUGUUUUCUGAAAAUGUUGAUUGGCUAUCGAGUCUUUCGAAGCUCGAGUAUCUUGAUUUGAGUGGCGUAGACCUAUCCAAAUCAUUUCAUUGGUUACACAAUCUUCAAGCUCUUCCUUCUUUGAAGCACCUACAUUUGUCAAAUUCUAAGCUUAAUCACAAUAACCAACCAUCCUUUCUUAAUGUCUCAUCUCUACUCACUCUUGAUCUUUCCUUUGCUUCUUAUUCUCCUGCCAUUUCUUUUGUCCCAAAAUGGAUAUUUAGUUUGAAGACACUUAAUUCUCUUCAAUUACGGGGUAAUGAAAUCCAGGGUCCGAUUCCUGAUAGUUUUCAAAAUCUCACACUUCUUCAACAUCUUAACCUUUGGUCGAAUUCAUUCUCAUCUUCUAUACCUAAUUGGUUAUACCGUCUUUGUCAUCUGGAAUUCUUGAACCUAGCACAAAACAACUUGCAUGGGUCUAUUUCUGAUAACUUGGGAAAUUUGACUUCUUUGGUUGUACUUUAUUUGUCAUAUAAUCAACUUGAAGGACCAAUUCCAUCUUCUAUAGGAAAUUUGACUUCUCUAGUUGAACUUGAUUUAUCAAAUAAUCAACUUCAAGGAACAAUUCCAACCUCUUUAGGCAAUCUCUGCAAGUUAAGGGAGAUAUAUUUCUCGUAUCUCAAACUCAACCAACAGGUGAAUGAAAUUUUACAAAUUCUUACUCCUUGUAUUUCCCACGGACUAAAAACAUUGGCCAUUCAAAGUUCUCAACUCUCAGGCAAUCUAACAGAUCAACUUGGGGAUUUUGAAAAUAUUGUUGGACUAGAUUUAUCUGAAAACUCAAUUGGUGGUGCACUUCCUAGAUCAAUUGAAAAACUUUCAUCAUUAAAAUCUCUCCAUCUGUCCAAAAAUAAAUUUCGUGGAAACGCAUUUGAAAGUCUUAGAUCACUCUUUAAUUUGUCAUAUCUUUACAUUGAUGACAACCUUUUUCAAGGAGUUGUCAACGAAGAUCAUCUGGCAAAUUUUAUAAGCUUAAAGAUCUUUUCUGCAUCAGGGAACAAUUUUACAUUAAAUGUGAGUCCCAAUUGGCAUCCUAAUUUUUUGCUUACCAAUUUGGGAAUGGGCUCGUGGCAAUUAGGUCCCAAUUUUCCAUCAUGGAUUCAGUCACAAAACAAAAUUGAAUAUUUAGAUCUGUCUAAUGCAGGGAUUUUAGAUCCUAUUCCUGCUUGGUUUUGGGAAAGAUUUUCUCAAGCUUUUGUUGUAAACCUCUCUCAUAAUCAUAUACAUGGUGAGCUUGCAACUACAUUAAGGAAUCCAAUUUCAAUCUAUAAUGUUUAUCUAAGCUCAAAUAACUUAUUUGGUAAAUUACCCAAUCUUUCAAAUGAUGUGUAUCGGUUAGAUCUUUCAAAAAAUUCAUUCUCUGAAUCCAUGAAUGAUUUUUUGUGUAAAAAUCAAGUCGAGCCAAUGCAAUUAGGAUUUCUCAAUCUUGCAUCAAAUAACUUAUCAGGAGAAAUACCUGAUUGUUGGAUGAUUUGGCCAUUUCUAGUGGAUGUAAAUUUACAAAGCAACCAUUUUGUUGGAAACUUACCUCCAUCCAUGGGUUCCUUAACUAUAUUGCAAUCUUUACAAAUUCGUAACAACUCACUCUCAGGAAUGUUUCCUACCAAUUUGAGGAAAAAUAACCAAUUGAUAUCCUUGGACCUUGGGGAAAAUAAUCUUUCAGGAACUAUUCCAACAUGGGUUGGAGAAAAGCUCUCCAGAAUGAAAAUACUUCGCCUUCAAUCAAACAAAUUUUCUGGUCAUAUUCCAAAUGAAAUGUGUAAUAUGAGUCUUCUUCAAGUUCUAUACCUUGCACACAAUGAUUUAUCUGGAAAUAUACCUAGUUGUUUCAAUCACUUGAAGGCCAUGACACUAAUGAACAAAAGCACAACUCCUCUUAUCUUUUCCGAAGCAACAAACUAUGCAUUUGGUAGUAAUACAAUAGGUAUAGUCAGUGUGCUCCUUUGGCUAAAAGGAAGAGGGGAUGAGUACCAAAACUUUCUAGGUUUGGUGACAAGCAUUGAUAUUUCAAAUAACAAGUUGUCAGGAGAUAUACCAAUAGAAAUCACAAAUCUAAAUGGAUUGAACUUUUUGAACUUAUCCCACAACCAAUUAACUGGUCAUAUUCCAUCAAGUAUUGGCAAUAUGGGUUCAUUACAAUUCAUUGAUAUCUCAAGGAACCAACUUUCAGGAGAAAUCCCUCCAACCAUAUCAAACUUGAGCUUUCUCAGUAUGCUAGACUUGUCUUAUAAUCAUUUGAAGGGUAAAAUUCCAACAGGCACUCAAAUUCAAAGCUUUGAAGCAUCCAAUUUUGUUGGCAAUAACUUAUGUGGUCCACCGCUACCUGUCAACUGUAGAUCCAAUCCACAAAUUCCUAAUAUUGAUCACAUUGGAACAGAGGAUGAUGGGCAUGGAGUGAAUUGGUUCUUUGUGAGUAUGACACUUGGAUUUGUUGUGGGAUUCUGGGUAGUUGUUGCUCCUUUGUUCAUUUAUAGAUCAUGGAGAUUUGUCUAUUUUUGUUUUCUUGAUGACAUUUGGUACAAGUUGCAAUCCUAUUGGUGAUUGUUGGUGUUCAAUGUAGUGUUGCUAUUUUAUGUUGUUGGAAAUAUAAUUACAUUAUUUUUUUUUUGUAUUUCAAUGAAAGGGGUAUAAAAUUAUAUUA